AUGCUCUCUCUCAUCGCCGCAAACACCUGCAUCCCCAAAUCUCAUCACCACUCUUUCUCGCGCUUGAGCGGUCCUCUUCUCGUCCCUCCUCCGAUUAUCGUGCGUAAUCCCUGGAGAAAGGGUAAAAUUUACAGGAAAUCCGUCGUUUUAUCCUGCCGGAGUUUCGGUUUUACUGAAUCGAGGAAAAAAAAUCUUGAAAGCAAUUGGCGUUGCUGGUGCAAGCGAGGCGGAGGGGAAUGGGGUGACGUGGAGUUGGAGGAGGAGAUUAUGAAAUUCAUGGCGAAAUCGGAGAAACCGACGAUGUUCCCGACGAAGAAGGAGCUGAUUGGUGGCCGGCGAUUGGAUUUGGUGGAGGCUAUUGAGAAGAGAGGUGGGUGGUACUCGCUAGGUUGGGACGGUGAAGACGUGAAAGGUCACGUUGAGGAAGAAGCAGUUGAGAUUGAUGUUGCUAUUACCGAGUUCCAGAGGCGAGUCGGAAAGUUUAAAGAAAGUGCAUCUUGGGGAGAGCAUUCUGGAAAUUUUUCUGCAGGGGAUGACUGUGAACUUCAUUCGAAUUCUGGUGAUUUGGAUUUUCUGCAGCUGAAUGCUUCAACAUCGCUGGAAAAAUCGAUAGAAAUGGAUGCUGAAGAAGAUUUGGGCAUUGAAGGUAUAUUGAGUAGAUUGGAGAGGCAGAGGAAGAGCGAUCUUGGGUUUAACUUAGGGAAAAAUGGAUAUGAUGCCCGUGCUGGAAGUAAAGAUGUAAACACUGCCAGGAUUGGCCUUGGCGGAAACGGCAGACUCGCAUCUAAUGUAAACCAAAAUGACAUAUCGGAUACAUAUGGCACCAAUUCUACACAAAAUAAUGAACCAGAAACUUGGAGAACUUGGAGCAGCCAGCGAGCUGGAUUUCAACAUACAAAUUUUGAAGCUGCCGAGAUUUCUCUCAGCAAGGAUAGCGCAGAAACUGAUGAGGAAAGUUAUCACGAUGGUAUUUUCGUGAAAACAGAAGAAUAUGCAGAGGAUGGGUGCAACUACAAAGAGCUUAACCACAAACAGAUACGAACUCGUCUUCAGCAACUAGAAAGUGAGCUCAACACAGCUCUUUAUUCCUUGAGAUCUAAACGGGAGGAAAACAUUUCAGAGGAGGUAAGCGGAAGGCCUAGCGAUUUGCAGGAUCUUUACGAUACAUGGGAAUUUCAGGAGAAUGACGUCAUGAGUGCCAAGGAGAGAUUGAGAUCAAUAAGAGUGAAGCUGGCUGUAUUAGAGGGGAAAAUGGCAUUAGCAAUAACUGAUGCGCAGAAGGCAGUAGAAAGGAAGCAAAAGCGGAUAGAUGGAGCCCGUAAAGCUUUGCAACUUCUCAGGAACACGUGCAUUGUGUGGCAUAGUUCGGCUUCUGAGGUUUUCUUAGCAGGAUCUUUUGAUGGAUGGACGUCUCAGAGAAAGAUGGAGAAAUCAAGGACUGGCAUCUUCUCAAUUUGCUUAAUGCUGUAUCCUGGUAGACAUGAGAUCAAGUUUAUUGUUGAUGGCAAAUGGAAAGUCGAUCCCUUACGGCCCAUCGUGAAAAAUAACGGAUAUGAGAACAACCUUCUUAUUGUUACUUGA